ACCUCCAUCUUUUUCGGUUCCUUGUGGCCCACCGUGCACCCUCGCCGAAACCUCCGUACAGUCCACUCUCUCCAGUUCAGCCUGUUAAAAUGGCAAAACCAAGAGUCUUCUUCGAUAUCACUGCUGACGGUACACCCAUGGGCCGGGUGGUGAUGGAGCUCCGUGACGACGUGGUGCCCAAAACUGCUGAAAACUUCCGUGCCCUCUGCACUGGUGAGAAGGGCUUCGGCUACAAGGGCUCCAGCUUCCAUCGCAUCAUCCCAGAAUUCAUGUGCCAGGGCGGUGACUUCACUAACCACAAUGGAACUGGUGGCAAGUCAAUCUACGGCAACAAGUUUGCUGAUGAGAACUUCACCCUGAAGCACCUUGACGCGGGCACCCUGUCCAUGGCUAAUGCUGGCCCAAACACCAACGGCUCCCAGUUCUUUAUCUGCACAGCUAAAACGUCAUGGCUUGAUGGAAAGCACGUGGUGUUCGGGAAAGUGAUUGAGGGGAUGGGUGUGGUAAAGAAAAUGGAGGCACAAGGCAGCCACAGCGGCAAAACCUCAAAGAAGAUCGUCAUUGCAGACUGUGGGCAGCUCUGAGCUCCAGCACGUAACCCUCUCUGCUUGCCACACCCCUGUAGGCCCCAGACCCCCCCCCCCCCCCUGCCAUUCAACAUUCCUAUUGAUGGAGAUUCAACCGACCCCUUGCCGUCCCCUUUUUUAUUCUGUUGAAAUCAUGUUGCUGCAUUUGUGACUUUGCCUUUUUGAAGUUUCUUUUGCAUUAACGUUUUUUUCCACAAAGUCCCAACGGUUUUUUUGUUAAGUCAAAAAAAUGAAUAAAAAAAAUAAAACUGAAAGUUG